UCCAUUGAUAAUGGGAUCAUGUAUGGACUUGUCGCUGUAAAUACCUAAACAGAUCACAACAUGUGGACUGAAUGAAUGGACUGUCAGUCUUUAAAACCUGAUACAGGACAGUGUGAUCAUCAUUCUAUCAUUGGACUUUAUCGAAACUUAAGAGCAAAGUUCCCAAAAUGUGUAAGAAGAAUGAAUAUUACGACAUUGACACUACCGAAUGUCUGCCCUGUUCAGAAUGUCCAAAGGGGGACAAGAUUCUCUUGGAGUGUUCUUAUUUUGGAGACACGUUGUGCGAAAAAGAUGUAUUAGCCGGAUUUCAAAUCGCGCCCUACCCCACUCCCGGUACCCCCUCGCCUGUGACCCGGGGGGCGGGGACCGUGGCCGUCGAGGUGCUGCCUGAGGACUGGACCACCAGUCCCACCGUGCUCAUGGUGGUCACUGCUGUCUGUUUCACCACCCUGAUGGUCACAAUCGUCAUAGCAUUGUACUGUUUCAGACGGAAAGUAUGGAGCCCCAAGCAGGAAAAGGAAAUAUUAUACCUCAGUAGACCCCACCCUAGACAUUAUCCUACUGUUGGGGAGGAGGAGAGAUAUCAACCCCUACCCUCGCGGGACCGGCUAAAGAAGACCAACUACUUCAGCAGCAGUAUAUACGCCAAUGACUCUAUGUUCAAUAUGCCUAAUACUCACAUCUAUGUUAAUAUGAUGGACUAUGUUGACAGUGAUUGCUGCAGUAAUGACUAUGUAGACAUUGAUGAACAUUUAGAAUCCUGAGAGCAGCGAUUCAGAUCGGUUUACUGUGAACUAACUGUGAUAUUUGGGAAGUCUUCAAUGCCAAGUACUAACUGGUAUACUCGGUGAAAAAAUCCUAGAAUUCUGUCAAAUGAACAAUGAAAUCAGUUGUGAGAAUUACUGAUAAACUGCUAUAAACAACCAAAGUCAACCGACAGCGAAUAUAUAUUAAACGACAAUCUGUCAUGACUAUAGAUAACUGUCAUAGUGCGAAAAGUUAGUUGGCUGAUUAUAAAUCAACUAACACUUGCAAUUAUAAGUGCAGCUGACAAAGGUCAAUUAACAGUAAAUUGAUUAACCGACAAGUUGGCAGCGACCAGUUCAACUGACCAGUGGCUAAGCAGCAAGAGAUGAGCAGUAAUGAACUGCCGAUAUAGUUGCAGCGCUUGCCUUUCAUACUCUACACUUUACGGAAGAGUUUCUGAUUUUCCGGGUGGAUUUUAUCCCAAACAAAUUCUAGUCAAAGAAUUAAGUUUCUUCACUUUGUUGUACAUGUAACAUCAAUGUGUUGUACUCUUGGAAAAUAUGUAUGUUGUAUUUAUUAUUAAUUUAUUUUUUUUUUCCAUUAAACCAGAUGUUUUUAAACUUGAAA